UCUCGCCCGAGAUGGAAUCAUCGCAAUCCACCUCACAUUCAACAACACCUUGAUCCUCGACCUGAAGCUGAUCAUGGCGCCUGCAACAGCGGCGGCUUCGGCUACGGCCACGGCUCCAUCGUUAAGGGCUCGGGAUGAUCUAAACUCGACGUGGACCUACCUUGAGAAGAACCUCGACAAUGUGAUGACAAAGUUGCAGGAAGGUCUCGACAUGAAGACUUACAUGGGAGUUUACACAGCAGUCCACAACUUCUGUACCUCACAAAAGGCAGCAAGUACUCAACCCCAGGGAACCUCGACAGCCCUCAGUGCGAAUCACCGUGGCGCGCAUCUGCUCGGCGAAGAACUUUACACUCUCCUUGGACAAUACCUCACUGAACACCUCAAAGGCGUCCUUGCAGAAUCCGAAUCUCAUACCGAUGAAGCACUUCUCACUUUCUACAUUAGAGAAUGGAAGCGAUACACGGAUGCGGCAAAAUACAACAACCACCUUUUCAGAUACCUCAAUCGCCACUGGGUAAAGAGAGAGAUCGACGAGGGCAAGAAGAACGUCUACGAUGUCUACACUCUACAUCUGGUUAGAUGGCGGGAUGAUUUCUUCAUGGAUGUGCAGGAGAAGGUUAUGCAGUCUGUUCUUCGACUUGUGGAAAAACAGCGAAACGGUGAAACAAUCGAUCAGAUGCAGAUCAAGGCAAUCGUGGACUCCUUCGUCUCCCUUGGCUUGGAUGAGCUCGACAGCACCAAAUCCACCCUCGAUGUCUACCGACAAUACUUCGAACGUCCGUUCAUCACCGCCACCAAAGCCUACUACACGAAUGAAUCGAAACGAUUUGUCGCCGAAAAUAGCGUGGUUGAAUACAUGAAGAAGGCAGAGGCUCGACUUGACGAGGAGAAAGAACGAGUUGGACUCUAUCUACACUCUGAUAUCAUGAAGAAGCUCAUGGAGACAUGCAACGAAAGCCUUAUUAGCGCUCACUCCGUUCUGCUCCGCGACGAGUUUCAGGUUCUUCUCGACAACGAACGUACCGACGAUCUUGCCCGGAUGUACAAGCUGUUGUCACGCAUUAAGGAUGGCUUGGAUCCCCUGCGCAACCGAUUUGAGGUUCACGUACGCAAAGCUGGUCUUGCUGCUGUCGAAAAGGUUGCAGCUAGUGGCGACAACUUUGAGCCUAAGGUUUAUGUCGAUGCGUUGCUCGAAAUUCAUGGCAAGUACCAGCAGCUUGUCAAUGUGGCCUUUAAUGGAGAGUCCGAAUUCGUGCGAUCACUCGACAAUGCCUGCCAGGAGUUUGUCAAUCAUAACCAAGUUUGCAAAACCAACACCACAAGAUCUCCCGAACUGCUUGCCAAAUAUGCCGAUCAACUCCUCAAGAAAGGUGCCAAAGCCGCCGAUGAAUCUGAGCUGGAAGAACUCCUUGUCCAGAUCAUGGUUGUGUUCAAGUACAUUGAAGAUAAGGAUGUGUUCCAGAAAUUCUAUUCUCGCAUGCUGGCCAAGCGUCUCGUUCACACCAGCUCCGUGUCUGACGAUGCUGAGACGAGCAUGAUUAGCAAGUUGAAGGAGGCCUGCGGUUACGAAUACACCAACAAGCUGCAGAGAAUGUUCCAGGAUGUCCAGAUUUCCAAGGAUCUCAACACUGCGUACAAGGACUGGCACGACAAGAUCUUGGACGACAGUGAUGAGAAGCGCACCGUUGACUCCACUUUCCAGAUCCUUGGUACUGGUUUCUGGCCACUCAACGCCCCAAACACCCCCUUUGCACCACCUGCCGAAGUUAGCAAGGCUAUGGAGUCGUUCACCCGGUUCUACGAUCAGAAGCACAACGGUCGAAAGCUCACCUGGUUGUGGCAGCUAUGCAAGGGCGAGAUUCGUGCCAACUACAUCAAGAGCCAGAAAGUUCCUUACACUUUCCAAGUCUCGACAUACCAAAUGGCUAUCCUGCUGCUCUUCAACGAGUCUGACAAGAUUGACUACUCCGAGAUCAAGGAAUUGACUAAGCUUACCGACGAAAACCUUGAGCCUGCAAUUGGCAUUCUUUGCAAGGCACGUGUUUUGACUCCAUCACCCGAAGACGGAAAAGCUGUUCCUGGAACCAGUUACGCUCUGAACUACAACUUCAAGAACAAGAAGGUCAAGAUCAACCUGAACAUCACCGUCAAGUCUGAACAGAAGGUUGAAUCUGAAGAUACUCACAAGACUAUCGAGGAGGAUAGGAAGUUGUUGCUUCAGGCUGUCAUUGUCCGUAUCAUGAAGGGUCGCAAGAAGCUCAAGCACGUCCAUCUUGUCGAAGAAGUCAUCAAUCAAGUGCGCAACCGCUUUCCACCCAAAAUCUCCGAUAUCAAGAAGAAUAUCGAUGCUUUGAUGGAGAAAGACUACAUCGAGCGUCUCGACAACGACGAAUUGGCAUACAUUGCCUAACCGUCUUUUCUAGCGUGUUUCCAUCUUUCACUGCUAUGAAAAGCAAAAGGAUGCGACUGGACAAAACGGGAAUGGGCAUAGGUAUCAUCAUGGGAGCGACUUGAGCGUGUUCAUAAAGUGGGAAGGACUGUUCCACAUCUGCAUGGAGAAUGGAGUUGGCACAGCAAAAACGGCCGACGCUGGUCGGUCUCUUGUUUACUUUUCGUUGGCUUUCGUCACAGCGCUGGGCUGUCGAUAAGAGAUGAGCUGACAUGAUUGACGACGAACGCACCAUGGUUGAAGACUGGACAGACAUGUGCUGGCAGCGACCAGCCACUAUCGAGGAAGAAUGCUGAGUUUGAUGACUGGGCAACACUGCAUGCCACGAAGGAAGGGCCUGUAUGCUCGUCAGAAGUGGAAGCUUGCGAUCGUGCACAAAGUGAAUUAGCUAGCCGAGCUUAGAUCAAAGUCCUGUCGAAACAACCCUGCUCUUUCUUUC